UUUUUGCAAUAUAAAUAUAUUGCUUGGAAAAUACCAAACUAUUUUUAGAUUUCUUCUUUGGAUAUGAUUGUUAUUAUUAAUCAGAGUGUCAAGUCAUAAGCUGGACGCAGAAAUUCCUUGACAAUUCCAGGUUUUUUCCAGAGCACAAGAUAAUUUAUGUUACAAAAGUUACCGAAUGAUGAGUUUUAAACUCAACAUAGAGAAGAAAACCAGCUCGAGGAAGCAAUUUAUCAGUAUUAAAUCUCAACUCACCAAAAGAGCUUAAUCAAAAGAUUUAAAAAUGCCUCAAUCGGAUUCCAAAAAUAUGGGUCUUUUGAAGCAGGCGGCGAUUCAAAUUGGGGCUGGAGGCUCUGCUGGUUUUUUGGAAGUUUGUAUAAUGCAUCCUAUGGAUAUUGUGAAAACACGGUUUCAGCUUCAGGUCAAAACGAGCCAAUCGGAUCCUUUAUAUUAUAAUGGAAUUCGAGACUGCAUGAGUAAAAUGUACAAAAAUGAAGGCCUGGGAUCUUUUUGGAAAGGAAUUUUACCGCCGAUUAUCGUAGAGACGCCCAAGAGAGCUGUGAAGUUUUUCACAUUUGAGCAAUAUAAACAAUUUUUUCUCUUUGGCGCGAGCGCCCCAACGCCUCUGACAUUCUCUCUUGCGGGAUUUUUUGCUGGGAUGACAGAAGGUAUUUUAGUGAAUCCUUUUGAGGUAAUCAAAGUGCGCCUUCAAUCGAAUCGUAAAAAAGUGAAAGAUAGUCCUUCCACUUAUGCUGUGACAAAAGAAAUAAUUACGAAACAUGGACUCGGACUCGAUGGCUUAAAUAAAGGAUUAACCGCCACGAUUUUAAGAAAUGCGGUUUUUAAUUCAUUUUAUUUUGGAUUUUAUCAUUCUGUAAAAGGGUACAUACCAGUAAAUAAUGAUGCUCGAUUGGAUUUCUUAACGAAGGUAGGCAUCGGUUUCUCAUCAGGAAUUAUGGCUUCUUGUUUAAAUAUUCCUUUCGAUGUGGCGAAAAGUCGCAUUCAAGGAGAACAGGGCAGUGUUCAGUACAAAGGAACUUUUAGGACCCUUAGUAUUGUUUAUAGAAGAGAAGGUUUCAGAGCACUCUACAAGGGAUUAGUUCCAAAGGUGUUGAGAUUGGGUCCAGGAGGAGCAAUCAUGCUCGUAGUUUAUGACUAUAUGCAUGCUUACCUGACAGUUAAAUUCAAGAAUUAGUAUUUUUAUCCAUUUGUGACAAAGGUUGCAGAAUCUCUUUUUAAUUUCUUUUUUUUUUUGUAUUACGUUACAAAAAACAACAAAUACACUGCCUUCUUUAUAGAAUAUUCAAAUCUUAUUCCUUUUCGCAGUCCAAAGUCAAAUUCAUAAAAAUUUGUAUACGAUAUUGUAAAAAAAAACUAGAUAUCUAAAACAGAUUCGAGCCACUUUUCAAGGUCUAUCGAUUUUAUCGGUGCUGAUGUGGAUUCACUUUUUGACUCUGCAACAAGAAAAAGAAAGAAUUUUUCAUUCAGUAUUUUUCCAAGUAGGUAGUUUGUAUCAACAGAAACAGUUUCUUAAACAUUUUGUAUGAAUAUUACCGAUAAAUAUAAUUAGGAUUUAUCUUCUCUACGACUAAUAUUUUUGUAAAUAUUUUUAUACUACAAAUAUGGAUGUAAAAAGUGGUAAUAAAGAAAUUC